UACAUUUUCACCUUAAAAUUGGGGGAAAAAAACAAAGGGAAAAGGACAAAAGCCGAUACGGAGCUCCGCGGAGACGAUAAUGGCGACGCUGAGCGUUCCCCCCGUUCUCACCUCUCCUCGCCAAGACGCCAUUGAUCUCCACAAAGCCUUCAAAGGGUUUGGUUGCGACACUUCGGCAAUUAUAAAUAUACUUGCUCACCGCGAUGCCGCUCAGCGCGCUCUCAUUCAACAGGAGUACAGAACCAUGUAUUCGGAGGACCUCAGCCAUCGUAUAUCCUCCGAGCUCAGUGGGCACCUUAUGAAAGCGAUGCUGCUGUGGAUCCUUGAUCCUGCGGGACGUGAUGCCACCGUAUUGAGACAGGCGCUUGGUGGUGAUGGUAUAGAUUUGUAUGCAGCCACUGAAGUUAUAUGUUCUCGGACACCAUCUCAGUUACAGAUAAUUAAACAGGCGUAUUAUGCAAGAUUUGGUGCUUAUCUUGAGCAUGAGAUCCACCGUUACACCUCCGGUGAUCACCAAAAGCUCCUGCUAGCCUAUGUUGGAACGCCACGUUACGAGGGCCCCGAGGUCGAUCAUGCGAUGGCCGCGAAGGAUGCAAAGGACCUUUAUAAAGCUGGGGAGAAACGAUUAGGGACGGACGAGAAGACUUUCAUUAACAUUUUCACUCAAAGAAGCUGGGCUCAAAUGGCGGCUAUUGCUUCUAAUUACCAUCAUGCCCAUGGUAGAACCCUUCAAAAGGCCGUGAAGAAGGAAACAUCUGGGCAUUUUGAAUUUGCUCUUCUUACUAUCCUUCGAUGUGCCGAGAAUCCAGCCAAGUUCUUCGCGAAGGUGCUGCGCAAGGCAAUGAAAGGGCUAGGCACAAACGACACCACACUGAUAAGGGUCGUGGUUACGCGGACCGAGAUCGACAUGCAAUAUAUCAAGAUCGAGUACCAGAAGAAAUACAAGAAGCCGCUGAGCGCAGCGAUCCAUUCGGAGACGUCGGGCCAUUACCGAAAUUUUCUCCUUGCUCUUGUUGGGCAAUAGCCAAGUUAUGUAUCAUGGAGUCUCGAAUUGUGCUUUACUAUUGUGUGUUGCUUGUGAGAAACUAGGUUUGAUUGAGCGAUUUCACAUUGUACAUAUUUGGUGUUUGUGUGUUUACCUUAAUAAGGUUUUCAGUGUAUUUGUGUGAUUAUAGUUUUAACGGUUUAAAGCUCUUGUUAAUUA